AUGGACAGGGAGAUCCUGGCCCAAGGGCCUCGCAGCGGCCUGGCCGUCAAGAUCGACAACCUCAAUGACUCGAUUGCCAGGUCGUUCAUCGGCAAGUGGUUCCGGCUGGAUGGCUGUGGUCACCCGCUUCAGCGCGAGGGAAGCAAGUUCACGACGGAGCUGAGGGCUGGCCUCGUCACCUUUGCGUCAAUGGCCUAUAUCAUUAGUGUCAACGCCUCCAUUCUCUCUGACACGGGAGCUAACUGCGAAUGCCCAUCAGCAGAUUGCACCAACGAUGCCACCUACAUGAUUUGCAAGCAGGAGGUCCGCCGCGACUACGUGACGGCCACCUCUGCCAUGUCGCUCAUCUCAACCUUUGCUAUGGGUGUUCUCGCCAACUUGCCCCUUGGUCUCGCCCCCGGUCUUGGAGUCAACGCCUACCUAGCAUACAGCGUCGUCGGCUUCAAUGGCCAAGGCGGUCUUACCACUUUCGGCCGUGCAUUCGCCGCCGUCUUCCUCGAAGGUUGGCUCUUCUUCCUUCUCUCCGUCUUUGGUCUUCGUCAGAUGAUCGGUCGCCUGCUGCCUCGCUCUCUCGCCUUAGCUACCGGCUGUGGUAUCGGAGCCUACCUCGCCCUCAUCGGUAUGGGUCCCAACGGCAUUGGUGCCGUUGGCGGUAGCUACUCGGACUUGCUCGCCCUCGGCGGCUGCCCUGCUCAGUACAAGGACGAGAACGGCUUCUGCGAGUCGCACGUCCUUCAAGACCCUCGUGUCUGGGCAGGUAUCUUUGGCGGUGGUAUCUUCACCGCCCUGCUUCUUAUGUACCGCGUACGAGGCGCCCUGCUGUGGCCUAUCCUCCUCGUCUCGGUCGCCUCUUGGCCUCGCUCAUCGGGCAUCACCGAGUUCCCGCACACGCCAACGGGGGAUGACUCAUGGCAGUUCUUCAAACAGGUCGCUACCUGGCAUUCCUUUGAACACCUCGGUCCCUCGAACAUCGACUGGUCGGCUUACAACUCGGGUAAGGUCUGGCUCGCCCUAAUCACUUUCCUCUACACCGACGCCCUCGACACGACGGGUACGCUCUUCGCCAUGUCUCGUCAGGCUGGCCUCUUCGACGACCGAUCUGCCGACUUCGAGGGAUCUUCGGUCGCCUUCCUCGUCGACGCCGUCUGCAUCGCCAUUGGCUCUCUGAUGAACCUCUCGCCUUGCACAGCCUUCAUUGAGAGCGCCAGUGGUAUCACCGAAGGAGGACGCACCGGUCUCACUGCCGUGACCAUCUCCUUCUUCUUCUUCCUCUCCCUCUUCUUUGCUCCCAUCUUUGCCUCGCUGCCCUCGUGGGCUACGGGAGCAACCCUCAUCGUCGUCGGCUCCUUCAUGAUGAGGAACGCCCAGUACAUCUCGUGGUCAUACCCGGGCGACAGCAUCCCAGCAUUCCUCACCAUCAUCGCCAUGCCCUACACCUUCUCCAUCGCCUACGGUCUCAUCGCAGGCAUCAUCGCCUGGAUGGUUCUUCAUCUCUUGCCCAAGCUUUUCCAUGCCGUCUCCUUCGGCGUCAUCCCCAUGCCUCCAGGCUGGGAUACGGACAAGGAGCCCUACGACGUCUUCCUGGGCGUUGAGGACCGCAGCAUCCGCUCGCUUCCCAAGCUCAUCCUCCCUCCCUGGAUGCAGCGCUUGCUCCGCGGCAAGAAGCGCUUCUGGGAGAUGGACGACGAUGAGAUGUGGUCGUACAUUGAGGGCCGAUCCCUCACUGCUCGUCGUGCUCAGGCUAUCGAAGAGCAGAGGGAGAUUCAGAAGCAGUCCACUCGCACUCAGCGCAAGGGAUCUGACUUGGAGACGCAGGACGAAGAGGGCGCUUCGCACUCGCAUGGCAGCGGUGAUGAGGAUCUUAAGCUCGGCGGUGAAGCAGAGGCCUCUUCCGCCUUCAGGACGACGACGAGGCUGUCCAAGCGCGACGCACCUGCUCACGAUAUCAUUGAGCUCGGUGACCGCCGCGAACAGUAG